AUGGAAUGGAGGAUCAAGAUUCGAUGCCAGAGUUUUCCACAGGACGCCUAUCCCGCUGCCAACUCAUCACAUCUUUUUUUCCGAGCUUACACGGACCCUCUGAACAGCUCAGGAGGUUCGAUGGAGCCCCCCUCGAUCCCGCCGCCACCUCCGCCACCACCACCGCUGAACAUUCCCCCUUCUCGGGCCAGACUCCAACUGGCAGCACGGUUGGCAAUGCAUCAAAAGAACAACCAAGCACAAUCGUCUGGCGAUCUAAGUAACGACGACGAUGACGACGAGGAGAACCCUACGGAUCCCUUUGCUGACACGGAAGAGGACUUUGACGACGAUGACCAGCCUCAAGAUGAUGCAAGGGGCGCUUGGUGGCGGGAUGUGGUGCGAGAUCGUGGAGGCAAGCCGGACGGAAACGAAUCUGACGAUGAGCGCGACGAUGAAGAUGACGAUGAGUUUGGAGACUUUGCCAUGCCUGAAGACGACACGACUGGCGACAACCAGGGAUCAGUUUUACGGCCCCAGCCUGUGAAUCCGACCAAGGAGGGAUCAACUCGAGGUCUCAGUGGCUUGUGGCCUUUUGGUCUCUCCAAGGCAGAAAAGGAGAAGGAAGGAAACAAGUCAAUAGUGGAGGAUGAGGCGGCGGGUAAGGCUACAGGAGACGACGAGACGAAAGCUGUGGAAGUAAAGGAGGCGAAACGGAGGACAAGCAUUGAGGACCCUGACGACGAUGAGGUGGUUGUGUAG